AUGAUCGAUCGACGAGAAGAAGAAUUUGAUUUUUUUAUGCGUAUGGACAUGGAGCGGCGGAAGGAGGAUGCCUGGAACCCAAAGCGCAAGCCUCGCUUGAUGGAGGACGAUGAGCUGCCCUCCUGGAUUAUUAAAGAUGACGCUGAAGUAGAAAGGCUUACGUGUGAAGAAGAGGAGGAGAAAAUGUUUGGUAGAGGGUCUCGCCAGCACCAGGAUGUGGACUACAGUGAUGCCCUCACUGAGAAGCAGUGGCUGCAGGCCAUUGAAAACGGGAAUUCCAUGGAAGAAAUGGAAGAAGAAGUACGGCUUAAGAAGCAAAAAAGACGAAGAAAUGUGGAUAAAGAUCCUGCAAAAGAAGAUGUGGAAAAAGCUAAGAAGAGAAGAGGCCGCCCCCCUGCAGAGAAGCUAUCACCAAAUCCCCCUAAACUGACAAAGCAGAUGAACGCUAUCAUCGAUACUGUGAUAAACUACAAAGACAGUUCCAGGCGACAGCUCAGUGAAGUCUUCAUUCAGUUACCUUCGAGGAAAGAAUUACCAGAAUACUAUGAAUUGAUUAGGAAACCAGUGAAUUUCAAAAAAAUAAAGGAAAGAAUUCGUAAUCAUAAGUACCGGAGCCUGGGUGACCUGGAGAAGGAUGUCAUGCUUCUCUGUCAUAAUGCGCAGACAUUCAACUUGGAGGUAUCUCAGAUCUAUGAAGACUCCAUCAUCUUGCAGUCGGUGUUUAAGAGCGCACGGCAGAAAAUUGCCAAAGAGGAGGAGAGUGAGGAAGAAAGCAACGAAGAGGAGGAGGAAGAUGAAGAAGAGGAGUCAGAGUCGGAAGCAAAAUCUGUUAAGGUGAAAAUCAAGCUUAAUAAAAAAGAUGAGAAGGGUCGGGACAAAGGAAAAGGCAAGAAAAAGCAAAAUCGAGGAAAAGCCAAACCUGUCCUGAGCGAUUUCGACAGUGACGAAGAGGAGGAUGGCAACGAACAGUCAGAAGCAAGUGGGACUGAUGAUGAGUGAUCGACACAGCCCUUUUCCCUAGGUAGAGCUGAAUUCCUUCCUCCCCUCUCCCAUUUCUGCCCAGUGAGUUCAUUUGUCAUAAGGACCCUGGGUUGUUUCUAUGUCAUCUUCAUCUAUAAACUAGCUUUAGGAUAGUGCCAGACAAACAUAUGAUAUCAUGGUGUAAAAAAACACGCACAC